GUGGAAGUUGUGGGCUCUCUAUGGAGAGGGAGCUUUAAGGGGAGCUGGCAGCAGCCAGCCAGGUACCCUGUCUCUGGCUUUCCUGAGAUCCUCCAUUUAGCCAUUCACUGUCAUCUCACAGAGGCUGUGGAGAAGGGUCAUAUUUUAUGAGUUAGACAAAGGAUGCCUGCUGAGUCAUCUGUUAACCUUGGGCAUUGUUCAGGCUGGUGGUGAUACAACCAUGAUGAACCUUCUACGGUGGAUAUCUACAUUCUUUCAUGGGAGGAACACAUCUGAAGAAACAUCACAGGAACCUCCUCUAGAUAACUCCAGGCUUAAGUCUAUUCAGGGAGUUGUGUCUUCUCUGUGUAAUGACUAUGGUUGGAUUAAUGAAUCCAUAUUCUUCAAUACGGACGUAAUAAGUGACAACAUGCCUCUGAACAUCGGGACAAAUGUCCUUGCACUUGUGGAAAAAGAUGAAAGAACUCAUAUCCUGAGAGCAAUCAAGGUGAAAGCUAUAAAUGAGCCUCCUGCCGGUAGUGAGGCAUCAAACUUUGGUAGAAAACUUUCUAUUAGAUGUGUCAGCUCGGUAACUGAAGAAGAUGUCUAUAUCAACAAAGACACGUUUUUCCCAUUAUACAUGUUUUCUGGAGCAUUCAGGCCUUUCAAGGGGGACUUGCUGCUGGUUGAGUAUUCUACAAACCAGGACACUUCAAACAUCAAUAUCCACUCUGUGAGCCCCCUCAACUCUCAGGAUAUGGAUGAGGUCUGUGUUACUGGCAUUGAUGGAAGAAAUGGUGUGGUGGAAGCAAGCAUCUUUUUCACCCUUGAUUCUCUCCAUACUCUCCCUGGGUAUACACCUAGAUUGUAUGACAUUGUGAAUGCUACUGUGGUAGACAGCAUCCAGUCCCACUACUCUCAUAGAGUGGUGUCUAUGACUCCAGUGGAUAUGCUGUAUUAACCCAUAAUUUUGAAUCAUUUUUAACGUUACUUCUGGAUUCUAAUGCCUGGUUAAAUAGCAUAGUAUGAGUAAACAACAUAAAUGUGAUUGAA